UGUCUGUCAUUCGUUCAAUCAGGGCUCUUGUCUUAUUACAUAUUAUUCAAUACCUAGCAAAUACCACAUUGUGUUGAUAAAAUGGUUUACUUAACGUGUUUCUGUGCCAUUGGAUUGAAAGUGAUGUGAACAAGAUACUAUGUUGACAAUCAAUCAGUGAUUAUUGUCCGGGAUAACACAUUGCGUUCUAACAUGAAUAUGGUAUAAACAAGUGUGCAUAGUGCAGUGUCUAUUGCAAUGAGUUCGUCUGACGGAGCGGGCACGCGACUCGGCAUGCAGGCGGCUAUAUCAGGUCAGAUAGGUAUCGGGAGCCCGGAAUUCGGGAUGGCCGUGAGCGUGCCGCCGCCGCAGAUGGCCUUCGACUUGCACGCCGUCAGCUGCGGCGACUCCUCCUCGGAGUCGCGCUCGCCGGACCUGCCGCCGGCCAAGGCGAGCGAUCGCGAGUCGCGCAUCAUAGCGGAGAAGCAGCGCCGGAGCCAAUACAACUCCCAAAUCCAAGUGAUGACGUCCUUGUUGACGGACAUCGUGCACUCGCAGCGCAAGGUGGACAAGACGAGCGUGCUGCGCCUCGCCGCCAAUAAGCUGCGUAACGAGCAUGUGUUCGGGGACACCAUUACCUGCGGCCAUGUCGAAACUUGGUCUCCCGCCUUCCUAAAAUUUUUUGAUCUCCUCGGCGGCUUUAUGAUAUCAGUCACGUGCCGCGGCCGUAUUUUUAAUGUCUCACCUAACAUACAAGAGAAACUAGGCUAUUGUCAUGUUGACCUGUUGGGCCAAGAUAUUUACAAUUAUAUACAUCCUGAAGAUACAGCCGUUCUACGUCAGCACAUCUAUCCUCCUGAACUUCAGAAGGGUUGUGACAAGUCAUUCAUAGAGCAACGCCAUAAUUUCACAAUUCGGAUAGUAAGGGCUGGCGCUAGGUCUGAUCCGCCCAGGUAUGAACGGUGCCGACUAGAUGGUACACUCAGACGCGCGGACAGAGCCACUGCAGUGGGGGUCCAGGAUGAGCAGAUUAUUAGAAGGCAAAGAGUCAGGCACAACCGCACAUUCUCAUCGAGUGGAAAUGAUUUUGUAUUUAUUGGCAUGGUACACGUUCUGACAAACAACAUGCCGCCUCGCAUCAUGUUGCCCACGGCCUACUCAGAAUACUGGACCAGGCACCUGAUAGAUGGGCGCAUAGUGCAAUGUGAUCAGAGCAUAUCCCUGGUGGCUGGGUACUUGACAGAGGAAGUUACGGGCACAUCUGCCUUCUUUUUCAUGCACAAAGAUGAUGUGCGAUGGGUAAUUUGUGUUCUGCGGCAGAUGUAUGAUCAAAGUCGGGAAUUUGGCGAGUCCUAUUACAGACUGAUGUCUCGCACUGGCCAGUUCAUAUACAUGAGAACUAGAGGUUUUUUAGAAAUAGAUAGGGACACAAAGAAAGUGCAAAGCUUUGUAUGCGUUAACAGUGUAAUAGGGGAUGACUAUGGUUGUAGAAUGAUGGAGGAGAUGAAACGGAAGUACUCUGUGAUAGUGGAUAUGAGUCAGGAGCAAACUGAAAAGGUCACAGUUGGUGAUGAUGCACCGGUCGAGCACCCAAAAAAGCUAGAGCGUAUUGUAAUGCACCUAGUAGAACCUUCUGUAGUUGAAGGCUCAGAAGAGCUAAAGUUGGUGCCUCCUUCGAAGGAGAACAUUAUUUCUGCCAUUAAGAAUAGUGAAAAGAUAGUUGAGGAGACAGGUGUGAGGUUUGACUCUCGAAAAAGAAAAAUUAACUUAUUCCAAAGUGACCAAAGUGAUGCUUUAAAAAGGCACAGUGGACUUAUGGAAUAAUUUGAUCUGUUUAUAGACAUUCACAGAUGUAAGUUAAUAGGAUAAUCCUUGUGGGGAUGAUGACCAAUAUUAAAGAUUGAUGUUUUCUGGCAGCAAUUUGAUCCUCUAGUUUUUUAUUUAAGUUUGGUCUCUGACAUGACUGAUCUCAGAGUAAUCAAAAAAUGUUAUAUAGUUAAUUGUUUUCAAAUUCGUAUAAAUUAAUAUUUUUUAUAGAUUUUUAUUUGACUUGAUAUUUUUCUUUGACUGGCUGUAAUUGAAUUAUUUUAGUAAUUAUGAAGGAUUGAAUGUUACUGGAAUUAGAUAUUAAUAAUAAGCUUUCUAUGUAAUUUUAUACAUAAAUGGGAUAGUUAAGUUAAAAAGUAGAUAUUAAGAAAAUCAAUUCUAUGUGGCGUUCAAUAAUGAGUUUUUGAAAUGAACCUUAUUUGUAUAGUGCAAGGUUGUUAUUGCAACUGAAUUGAGUGAGAUUUGAACUAGUGAUGGUUUCACUCAAAUUGUAGAAGCAUGUACCUAUCUACUGUUACUAUUGG